CAAACCCUACUCCGGCUUCUUUCACCAUUCCAAGCUCCCAUUUCCGCUUCUUGCAACGUCAGCUCCGGGACCUCCCCGUGCGGCUGCGCGGCGCAAUGGCUCAUGGGCCGUGUAGUCCAGCGGUCUCCCUGCCUCCCAUUACGCAUUGCGGCAGGAACCUCCCGGCGACGGGAGCGGGCCGAUCCCAUUUGCACCAAUCAGAUCCCGCUUACGCGAGUGCGCGCGGAUAUUGAACUUCCCGCCGCAGUGUGGCGCCGAAACGGAGCGGGUUGAUGUCAGGCGGUCUUUCAGGAGGGUGAAUCUCGCAUGGCGGCAUGUAGUGUCUGAACCAUGCGUCGGGAGGACAGAGGCUGCAGCUCUGCUACGUUGACUUGGAGCUGGGACUCUGUGGAAACGGACUCAUUGAUGACCGUGAUGGGUGUCCGUCUGAUUGAGGACAACGUGAAUGCUGCAGGGGAGGACGCUAAUCACUCUCCUCCCAACAAACGGCCCAGGCCCUGCCAAGGGAAGGAGAACCAGCCACACAGCUUCCUGGUGUCAAGGAGGUUUCGCAAGGCAGACUGUUCAUCAGGUGUGAGCCGGUCCUGGGAGGAGCUGCCCGAUGAGCUGCUGUUGGUUAUUUUUCACUCUCUGUCAAUGCCUCAGUUGUUGAAGGUUUCGCAGGUCAGCAGGCGAUGGCAUCGACUGGCGUUUGACAAGUCCCUGUGGUACAGUGUGGAUCUGAGCAAGGCAAGUCUGCCCUCGGGCACUCUGGGCCGAGUGUUGGGGGCUGGAGUGGUGGUCCUCAGGAGUCCUCGCUCCUUCCUUGGAGACCCCAUGUUCAAGGAUGACAGAGUGCUCCCUCUGCAGCAGCUCGACCUGUCUCACUGUGUGACCAGCUCCUCUGCCAUCCUGCAAAUCCUGCGGCGCUGCCACCAGCUCCUGGGGCUCAGUCUGGAGGGGCUGUUGCUGUCCGACGAUGUCAUCAGGGCUGUUGGCCACAGCGAGAAACUGCUCCGGCUCAAUCUCUCCAGCUGUUCCCGGUUUGGGUCUGACUCCCUCAACCAGAUGUUGAACAGCUGUCCCAGGCUGGAUGAGCUGAAUGUCUCAUGGUGUGAGUUUGGGCUGGAGCAUAUACAGGUGCUGGUCACACACGUACCCAGCACCGUGACACAGCUCAACAUCAGUGGCCACAGGCACUGCCUCCGGAAUGCUGAUGUGGAGGUUCUGUGCCAGCGAUGUCCACAGAUCACCAACCUGGACAUGAGUGACAGCACGAUGCUCACGCCGGAAUGUUUCCCUGCUCUCCGUCAACUCUCUCACCUCCAGCACCUGGGCCUCAGCAGAUGCCAUGAGAUCCCUCCAGCAGCUCUUGUGGAGCUGAGGGAGAUCAUCUCCCUGAAAACGCUGAGUAUUUAUGGGCUGGUACGAGACUCCACACUCAACGUGAAGGAGCUGAUUCCUCAGAUUAAGAUCAACGCCUUUCCUCUGACAAGCAUCGCUCGGCCAACUCCAGGCCAUGGCAAAAGUCGGACCAUCUGGGGCAUUACCUGUAGGCUGGAGAUGCGCACCCUCUGAGCACUUGGACCAUUCUAACGCACACUACAGCAGAGAUCCCAGGGCCUGGGAUUGGCUCCCAUGUUUGAUGGGAUGGAUGCCACCUGGACAGAGUAGCAGGAGCUUGUGUUAACCAGGAAUUGGGAAGUAAAAGGUUGUACAGGAGCUACCGAAGCAGGCAACUGAAACUUGACAGGGACUACAAGGCACAGGUAGUGUAGGUGCCGAGUUCUGCGAGAAGCCCAACGUACAGGACAGGGUGAGAGAGCACACAGCUGUCACCGGAAUGGAGUUGGAGAAAAGAUCUGUCCUGUGUCGUGAAUGAGCACCGUGCCUGCACUGUCAGCCCCUCGUGUACAGACUGCAGUGGUUACAGUUCCUGUUUCAUAUGUAAGUCAAUAAACACAUGGAAUGUUUGUUUAUCUGUGGAAGAAAUGUGGCAUUAAGUAGUUCUUCCCUCCCUAGUCUGGGAGGGAAGAGGAGGGUAUGGUGUCAGUGGUCCAGACUGUGGGACACUGGAAGUAGAAACUGAAUUAUAGUCAUAGAGCACUGCAGCACAGAAACAGACCUUCAGAACAUCUAGUCUAUGCCCACCUAUUAAUCUGCCUCGUCUCACCCACCCUCACCUGGUCCAAAUCCCUCCCAGCAA